AUGAAUUUAUCUCUCAUUGAUCCCUUUGUCCUGGCUCAGGACUACCCAGAUACGUUGUCCGAGAAACUUAGAAGCGGCCACGCGACAUGCCUCCGUUUCAACCGUAAAGGCGACUAUCUAGCGUCCGGCCGGGUUCAUGGCACGGUGGUGAUCUUUGAUAUCGAAACGAACGGGGUUGCGCGCAAGCUACGAGGCCAUACGAGACAGAUCCAAUCCCUCAGUUGGUCUAGAGACGGUCGAUAUCUUCUCACUUCCUCCCAAGAUUGGAAGUGCAUCCUCUGGGAUUUGAAAGAUGGCUCCCGGGUUCGCACUGUUCGAUUCGAAGCUCCUGUAUAUAUCGCCGAACUCCACCCCUAUAACCAUCUACUCUUCGUCGCGUCUCUAUUCGAAGAUCAGCCUGUCCUCGUCGAUGUCUCGUCACCCAAACCGAUCAAACGAAUCCUCCCCUCCGCCCCGUUUCGCCCUCCACCACCCGAGGACGAAGAAGUCGAUCCGGCUGUCGCCGCCAAACAAGCAGCGCAAGACGCGAAACAUUCCACCUGCGUGACCAUAUUCACUGCCCUGGGAAAUCACAUCAUCGCCGGGACAUCCAAGGGCUGGAUCAACAUCAUCGAGACGCAAACCUGCACCACUAUUCACUCGACCCGCCUCUGCAACGGAGUAGUUAUAUUACUUCGCCUCGCCAGCAAUGGCCGCGACCUGCUGGUGAACAGCUCUGACCGCGUCAUUCGCACCAUCCUGAUGCCCGACCUCUCGCAGCUGGGUAUUGACCUCGAACCCGCCCACAUCAAACUCCAGGUCGAACACAAAUUCCAAGAUGUGGUGAAUCGCCUGAGCUGGAACCACGUGACAUUCUCCUCAACCAGUGAAUUUGUCACAGCGUCGACUUUCAUGAACCCCGACAUAUACGUCUGGGAGCGUAGCCACGGCUCCCUAGUGAAGAUUCUCGAGGGUCCACGCGAGGAACUGGGGGUGGUGGAGUGGCACCCUUCACGACCGUUCGUGGUAGCAUGUGGCCUCGAAACGGGCUGCAUCUACACCUGGUCGAUUGUGACGCCCCAGAAAUGGUCAGCUUUGGCGCCGGAUUUCGGCGAGGUAGAAGAGAACGUCGAAUACGUUGAGCGCGAAGACGAAUUCGACAUCCAUCCGGCCGAAGAAAUUCACCAGCGCCGGCUAGAUCAGGAGGACGAAGUCCCCGAUGUUCUCACUAUCGAGCCGCAUAAAAGUGGCGGGGACGACGACAUGGAAUCCUUCCGAAUGCCAGUUCUGUUGGACAUCUCUGAUAGUGAGAGUGAAGAGGAUAUUGUCGCGGUAGGCCCGGGGACCAUGCGAAGGCGCAGUCCCGGCGCUGGUCGGGAUUAUGAAGAUACGGCGAGUGGCAAGAAUAACACGUCUCGUCAGAAGGGUCGCCGGCGAUGA